AUGAUAUUCCUAUCAGUCAAUCACAGCCUGCUUCUGAAUCGCCUCAUCCACCUUCUGCUUGACCAUGUCUACCAUGAACCAUACACGGCUAUGUUGUGUGAUAACGGUGUUUCUAAGGCCAACCCUGAGCUGUCGGCCUCAGUGCCCUCCAGAGUGGCCCUGUCAUGGUUCACCCCCCUGGUACGCCUCGGGGCUCUUAGACCCCUGGAGGCCUCGGACAUGCCUGACCUAGAACCCCUCAACUCUGCCAGGGUGAUCAUACCUAGGUUCCUGUCACGCCUGUCCUCUCAACACAGAAGCCAUCCUGAAGUUUUGUGUGAUAAGCAGUCGGGCAAAAUCCAAUUCAGCCCGAAAACAAAGCCCAAAGCCUCUAUUCUUGGAGCUCUACUGAAAACCUUUGGACCAUUCGUUCUCCUUGGAUCAUUGCUGAGGUUGACUGCGGACUUGUUGAUGUUUGUUAAUCCACAGUUAUUAAGGUUACUGAUUGAGUUCAUCUCCAAUGAUGACAGCUUGUGGAAAGGUUGCAUGUAUGCAUCUCUCAUGUAUGCUGUAUCCAUCCUCCAAAUUAUUUUAAUGAAAAAGUAUUUUAUCAUCCUAAACAUCACUGGCAUGCGGAUCACCACAGCUCUUGUGUCUGCUAUUUACAAAAAGUCUCUCAAGCUGUUACAUGUGUUUCAGUCUCUCAAGCUGUUACAUUAUGUGUUUCAGUCUCUCAAGCUGUUACAUUAUGUGUUUCAGUCUCUCAAGCUGUUACAUGUGUUUCAGUCUCUCAAGCUGUUACAUGUGUUUCAGUCUCUCAAGCUGUUACAUUAUGUGUUUCAGUCUCUCAGACUGGCUAACUCUGCCCGCAAGCAGACCACGGUAGGAGAGAUGAUCAACCUCAUGGCUGUAGAUGUCCCUAGUUUUCACUACGCUGUGUUAUUCAUUCACUUUAUCUGGGCAACUCCUCUGCUGAUCACCCUGACCAUGGUGUUCCUCUGGCAACUGUUAGAGCUGUUAUUUUGUUUUUGA